AUUGUAGUGGUAUGGAGCAACAACAAUGUUGACGAUAUUUUGCCGGAAAAUAAUAAACAAAGGAAAACACGAGAACGAUGACAUUUAAAGUCAACGCCAGCUGUUGAUGGGAAUAGUAACUUUUAGGAUAUCAUUGUGAAUAUUCAUAACAGCUGACAUCGAACAUUUAUUAUUUUCCCGUAAUUGCAAAGAAAUAUCAGAAUCUCUUUCAAUGGAUCCAAAUUUACGAAAUCUUAAAGAUUUUCUGACACUAUAUAAUAAAGUCACGGAGUUGUGCUUCUCGAGAUGUGUAGAAACACUCUAUGAGCGGCAAUUAACCAAUGACGAGAACACCUGUAUAGAUAGAUGUGUAACAAAAUUUGCGCGUUUUAAUCAAAAAAUGAUGAAUGUUUAUGUUGAAGUACAAACGGACAUAAACCAAAAACGAAUUCAAGAGCUUGAAACGACCCAGAAACAAGUGGACCAAUCUUCAACAUCAUCGUCAAAGGUAGUUGCAGCAGGGUUAAACUCAUUACCUACACCGGCAUCUGGAGCACAAACACCCGCCUACUCUUAAAAUAAAGAUCAGUGAAAAAUUAA